AUGCGAGUGCUCCAAGUCUUGGGCUCUCUGGCCAGUUUACUCGCUGCCACCCAGGCUGUCAACGUGCCAUACGACCCCUCUCCAUUCCCUGCGACAGGUUACAUCACAGCUGCCACCGUGAAUAAUGCCUCCGAUAUUCUUUCCGGCGGCACGAUCACAAUAAAUGGCGUCACCGUCGUUGUUCCGCGCAAUCUUCUUGUCAACACGCCUUCCCUUACUGCUGUCGCUUGGUCUGAACUAUUCAAACCCGAUGGCACCAUCGACCUCCCUUUAUGGCCUGAGGUCAAUUGGGAAGCAGCUAUGUACGCUAAUUACAUCGGCGGACAACAUGUAGCUGGCAUCAUCUAUAUAUUCCAGGAAGUCGGUAAUGCCAACGCCGGGUUCAUCACCUCCAUCGAUUAUGAGAAGGGUGAAUUUCGCGUUAGUGGAAGUAUUGGUGAUGCCACCUCUGGUAGACGAGUUGUCAUCAACGACCCGAUCGGUCGGUUUGGCAAAGUACAUGGGGAUUGGCCACUUUGGUCAGCCGAUACCGAAAGUCCAUCCGUCCAAGCCUCUACAGGGUUUCCUGUUUGCCUUCCACGUGCUGACCCCGCUGUCGAAGACGACCCCCUUUGCCCAAAGAAAAACAGGCCAUUAGACAGCAAUGGGCAGCCGCUUACAGGCUUCACCUUCGACCCACCACCUGUCGCUGAAGGCAGGCCCGACCCGAACUUAUUCGCUCCGCUCAUGGUUGGCGACUUCAUCAUCUACAGUGGAACGACGGUUCCUGACGGAGACGAUACAAUCAUUGCUGCUUACUCAAUAGAGGCCAACCUAGGGCUAUAUACAGCUCACGGAACGACUCCCGCUUAUCUUCGCAUCGAGACCCUCCAGGCAGGUAUCAAUGGCAAUCCAGCCGGUGAGAUCGCCGAGACCCGUGUCGAAGGAUACAUUACCGACGAAACGGCAACUAUUCAAAUAUUUGCCAUUGACGUAGACCCUUGCACCGGCAAGGAAUCUGAGCGAUCGUGGGGCACAGCAGUUCCUCGUCAACAAGGCCGCAGAGGGCAAUGGUUGUUCCGUUCCUCCGAUACAUCUCUCUCUCCGUAUACUCGCGAAGUUGGAGCUCGGAUUGCCGGUGGUGCGAUUGCCACCCCGAAUCAAAUCAUGGCCGGGCAGUAUAUAUCCCCGUACCCCCCCGCACCAGACGGCAUCAUUUGGCCCGAACUCAACGUAUUCGGCGAUCCGCAGAUACCUCACGAAUUCAACUUGCUUCCGUUUUUGGCACAAGGCAGUGGCCCAUGGCUAGGCGGGAUUCCUGGUAAAUCUCAAACGGCAACUGGACCCAUUGUAGGGCCGCUUGAUCCUUGGCCAGGCGUUGGUUCUCGCCCUGCUGCGGUCAACUGCCCUGAUCCUUUGGCACCAAUCGCUUCAGCUGGCAUGGACCUGACCGUCUUUACAGGAACUCUAGUUACUUUGACUGGGUCUACGAAAAACGACAUACCCCCCGAUGAUCUCUCCUUCCUUUGGUCCCAGAUAUCGGGGCCAGCGGUCAGCCUGAGCAGCACAACCAACGCCACGACGAGCUUCAACGCGCCUAGUGUAUCAACCCUCACCACAGUAAUGUUCCGCCUCGUCGUAUCCAAUCCCCGCGGAAAUAGCAGCGAUACGGUUAUGAUUACGGUUAAUCCAUCUCAAAUAGACCAUAUCUCGUUUGAAGAAGUGGACUGGCAGAGUGGAAAAGGCUCAGGCAUUUUGACGGUCAUCGCGUCAACCGAUUCGGUGGUCUCCCAAUUAUUUAUGUCGGCCACGAACCCAGAUAUCGCCUUAACCCCUAUGUCGCCUCUCGGAGGUGGCAGGUUCCAGUCUCUUGUCACCAUUAAGCCGGCUCCUGAGAGAGUGACAGUGACGUCGAGUUUGGGAGGCUUCGCGAGUACGGUGGUUCCAUAG